AUGUCGGAUGGAGUGGAUACACAUAUAUUACGUUACUAUGAAAUUCAAAAACGUCUUGGAAAAGGAGCAUAUGGUAUCGUAUGGAAAGCAACUGAUAAACGAACUAAAGAUAUAGUUGCAUUAAAAAAAAUUUUUGAUGCAUUUCGUAAUCAAACUGAUGCACAAAGAACAUAUCGUGAGAUAGUUUUUUUGCGUGAAUUUGGUGAACAUCCAAAUGUAAUUCGUUUACAAAAUGUUUUAAGAGCUGAUAAUGAUCGUGAUAUUUAUCUUGUUUUUGAAUUUAUGGAGGCUGAUCUUCAUAAUGUUAUACGUAAAGGAAAUAUUCUUAAAGAUACACAUAAACGUUAUGUUAUGUAUCAAUUAUUAAAAGCAAUGAAAUAUCUUCAUUCGGCAAAUGUUAUUCAUCGUGAUAUGAAACCAUCAAAUGUUUUAAUUAAUCAACAAUGUCGUGUUAAAAUAUGUGAUUUUGGUCUUGCUAGAUCAUUAAAUCAUGUUUAUGAAGAUCCACAACAUCCAGCUUUGACAGAAUAUGUUGCAACAAGAUGGUAUCGUGCACCGGAAAUUUUACUUGCUUCAUCCAAAUAUACAAAAGGUGUUGAUAUGUGGUCAAUCGGUUGUAUUCUUGGAGAAGUGUUACUUGGAAAACCACUUUUUCAAGGAACAUCAACAUUCAAUCAAUUAGAACGUAUUCUUCAGCAUAUUCCAACACCAAGUCAAUCGGAUAUUGCCAGUAUUGGAUCACAUUAUGGACCAAGUGUAUUAGAACGAGCAACAUCUGGACAAAAAAAAUCACUUGAACAUUUUAUUCCUAAUGCUGGUGAAGACGCUCUUGAUUUACUUCGUCGUCUUCUUCAUUUUAAUCCUGAUAAAAGAAUUACAGCUGAAGAUGGACUUCGUCAUCCAUUUGUUGUCUCAUUUCAUAACCCAAGUGAAGAAAUUACUAAAGGUUAUGAUGUUGUACCUCAAUUAAGUGAUGAUAUACAAUUAACUGUUGAUGAAUAUCGAAAAAAAUUAUACGAAUUAAUUCAAUUACGUAAAGUGUCAGCAAAAAAUAAUACAAAUAUGUCUUCCUCAAAUCCUGAUGUCCCACCUCCUCCACGAUCACGUGAUAAUUCAGCUGAUCAACAACAACAACAACAACAACAACAACAACAACAACAGCAACAGCAACAACGUUAUGGUGCAAGUGCUUAUAUUGAUCAAUCUGAAUAUGAUGCUUAUAAACAACCAACAAUAAUUUCAUCAUCUCAAGUAACAAAAAAUGAUGGAGGAAAUCGAGGAAUUUAUUCAAAUUAUACAACAGAUCAUAAUAAAAAUCGAUAUGUUGAAGAUAAACGAGAUGACGAUUAUUCAGCAACAGUAACAAAUGAUUAUUCAACUGGACAACAACAAUAUAGUAAAAAUUCUUCAACAGCAUCUUAUUCUGGACUUCUUGGCCGAUCAAAUAGUUAUAAUGGUUUACAUUCAACACCAGGACAACCGCGAAUAAUAAGUGGCAAACAACGAAAUAUAUCCAGUUCAUCUUUACUUUACCAAAAACCUAGUAAUGGAAAUUUAAUGCGUGAAAAAACAAAUUCAAAUCAAGGUUAUCGUUCAGGUUCAGCUCCAACACCAACACCACCCGCUAAACAAACAAAUAGUGGAAAUAACAAUACGAAUAAUAAUUAUUAUAUUCGUCGUCCAACUGUUAUAUUUAAUGAUGAACGUGGUGGUCCAAGUGAUAAAAGUAGCGGAGCACAAGCAAGAGUUAAUAAUAAAUUUGUGUCAAGUCUUCGACCUAAUUCUGCAGCUGAUAAUCGAACUAAAGCACGAUUUCAAUCAGCAUCACCAAUGAAUUAUAAUCAACAACAGCCAUCUUCUGGUCCAUCGUCAUCAUCAUUUGGUAGUUAUGUGGGACAAUAUCAACAACAGCAGCAACGUCGUCCACCAUAUGGAAAUGGAAAUUAUUCUAAUACAACAACAUCAACUGCUGCACGUGAUAAUCUUGGUGGUUAUAACCAAAAUAUGGGUACACUUACGCAAAAUGGACUUCGUGUUCUUGAUGGACUUCUUCAUAAUGCAACAUAA